AGUAAAUUUCAUUUUUGACGUGAACAGAGUGGGAACUCUGUGAGUUGUAUUCUGAAAGAUUCUAGUACGGCGUGGCGCGCCUUUGACGAAAAUACUAUUAUAGAAUGGGAAGAUUAAGGUGUAGUGCUAUAUUUGUAAUAAUAUCCUUAUUAAUUGAAACAAAUGGCUUCUAUGUGCCCGGUGUUGCUCCUGUGGAGUUUACAAAGGGGCAAAAAAUUGAUGUCAAGGCAGUUAAAAUGACCAGCACCCAUACACAGUUACCAUAUGAAUAUUAUUCUAUUCCAUUAUGCAGACCAAAAAGUGUUUUUGUUUAUAAAUCCGAAAAUUUAGGAGAAGUAUUACGCGGCGAUAGAAUUGUGAAUACUCCGUACGAAGUAACCAUGGCAGAAAAUGUAAGCUGCAAAUUAUUAUGCCAUGGACCAAAUAGUAGUAUGACAUGGACCGAGGAAGAAUCGCAGCAAGUAAUAGAGCGCAUCCAACAUGAUUACACAGUGCAUUUAUUAAUAGAUAACUUGCCAGCAGCUACAAAGAUGUUUGACAAAAACACAAACAAUGUGAUUGUAUAUCAAGGAUAUCGUUUGGGUGGUGUUGUAAAUGAUCAAUUUUAUAUUAAUAAUUAUCUGAAGCUAGAAUUAAGUUAUCAUGAAUAUGGAAAGAAUGCGUAUAGAGUAGUUGGGUUUGAUGUGAAAGCUCGGAGUAUCGAUACAAAUCAAUUGAAAUUCGAUGGAAAUACUUGUAUAUUGCCAUCAGAUGCAAAUCGGCAAUUUGUGAAUCCUAAGGGAACCAAGCUUUGGUUCUUGUAUUCUGUUGAAUGGAAGCUAUCUGACAUAAGUUGGGCUAGUAGAUGGGAUGUAUAUCUAGGAAUGAGCGAUGUCGAAAUUCAUUGGUUCUCGAUCAUUAAUUCUCUUAUUGUUGUUCUUUUCCUUUCUGGAAUUUUGACAAUGAUCAUAGUUCGAACUCUGAGAAGAGACAUUGCACGUUACAAUGCUGGCGAGAGCGAUAGUUUGGCAGGUUUGGACGAGACAAUCGAAGAAACUGGCUGGAAAUUGGUCCAUGGAGAUGUAUUUCGACCUCCGCCACAUCCUCGAUUAUUUGCUGCUGUAAUAGGCAGUGGAAUACAAAUAUUUUUUAUGGCCUUGAUAACAAUAUUCUUUGCUAUGUUGGGCAUGCUGUCCCCUGCCAGUAGGGGUGCACUUGGAACUAACGCGAUAUUUUUAUACGUAUCUUCCGGUUUAAUAGCUGGAUAUUUCUCUGCGCGACUUUAUAAAACUAUGCGUGGGAGAAAGUGGAGGAGGACAGCAUUAUUGACAGCGACUCUGUAUCCUGGCAUUGUAUUCACCACUUGUUUCUUUCUAAAUUUCUUUAUAUGGGGGAAACACAGUUCUGGCGCAGUACCAUUCACAACGAUGUUAGCAUUGUUGUGUCUCUGGUUUGGCAUAUCACUUCCUUUGGUGUAUUUAGGAUACUAUUUUGGUUAUCGUAAACAGCCUUUCACACAUCCGGUUAGAACAAAUCAAAUUGCUAGACAAGUUCCUGAUCAAUUGUGGUAUAUGAAUCCAAUAUUGUGUACAUUAAUGGCCGGAAUCCUACCAUUUGGAGCAGUCUUUAUAGAAUUAUUUUUUAUCCUGACUGCAUUAUGGGAGAAUCAGUUCUAUUAUCUCUUUGGAUUCCUGUUUCUU